UCUGCAAGCUUUUAAAUUGUGUUGUAUUUGCUGUUAAAACCUUGUUAAAGUUAUUAUGGUGGUUUUUACUUGUAAUUAUUGCGGAGAGAGUCUGCAAAAGCCCAGGGUGGAAAAACAUUACAGUUUUGUCUGCAGAACUGAAAAGUUCAUCACAUGUGUUGACUGUUUUAAGGACUUUCGUGGGGAAGAAUAUGUAGCCCAUACGAAAUGCAUAACUGAAGAAGAAAGAUAUGCAGCUAAAGGAUCGCUACCCAAUGGUGUUAUUAAAAAAGGAGAGGUUAAACAGGAAUCCUGGGUGGAUAUGAUAAAGUCUAUAAUUGAUACAGAACCAAAUUUGCCUCCUCCUCAUAAAAAUUUAUUAAAUACAAUUUCUAGUUACAAUAACAUUCCAAGAAAGAAGCAAAAAUUCAUAAAUUUUAUCAAGAGCUCUUCAGGUGGUAGAGCUAAUUUAAAAGAUGUUGAAGCUAUUUGGAAUAUCAUUGAAAAAUACAAAAAUCAACAGAAGCCUACAACUCAAAAUACCACACCAAAUCCAAAACAGGAAAAAAAUGAAGAAAACAUGAAAAAACGAAAAAAUACUGAUGCUAAACCUAAAGAGCAAUCCAAAAAGUUAAAAGCAGAUAAAGUCCAAGAAGAUAUUGACAAAUUUAGCUUCCAAGGAAAAAUUUUGGAAAUUUUAACUGGUAAAGAAAGCAUAUCAACUAAAAAAUUGCAAAAGAAAGUGUUAAAUGCAUACAUAAAAUGGUCAGGACAAAGUGAGUGUAGUGAAAAAACAAUUAAGAAAUAUGAAAAAAAGUUAAAAAAGGUGCCAAAUAUUAACAUAACUGAUAAUAUAGCUUGUAUUAAAAAUGAACCUUAAUGUUAUUGACAUACCUAA